AAUUCCGCUGAUAUUCUGGACAUAGCUAGACGUAGCUCUAUACGACUCUGUUAUCUCUAUGCUUGCCUUGGAACAAAACAAAGUGUUAGCAGUAGCUUUUUUGUUUUCAAGUCUGCUGGAUCCGAUUUUUGAUCACUGUGUUAAAAUGCCGAAGAUGCCCGUCCGAACAAUACAACAAAGAUUAGUUGACGCACUCAAAGCCCACGCUAAACAUGACAGUUUGCGUUCCCGUUUUGAACCACCAAGAAUUGAUGAUGAAGGAAAACUUGUCUCAAAGUGUUUGAAAUGCAAGGGUGACUAUAAAAUAAAUGGAGGGUCUUUAAAGGCUCACACUGAAAAGGCUUGCAGAACCAAGAUUGAAAAAAGUCAAGGUCCAAACCCCACAGUUCAAGAGCCAACCCUCGCCGAGGUUCAAGAAGAAAAUCGGCAACUGCGUGCCCAAUUGCAAGUUAUCCCCGUGCUCGAAGAGGAAAUUCGGAAACUGCAGGCGAAAUUACAGGUACCCCGGCCAUUAUUUCAAGUCCCCGAAGAAGUUUCUCAUCCUAAAUUUUGAAAUAAAAAUUCUUUUCGGUAAAUUUUUUCUUCACUUCUUCCAACGCUAUCCUAAUCAUGAGUUUUGGCCUUUUCUUUAAAAGUUUUUUCCCUUCAAAUUGUCAUUAAUUUAAAGUUGCCAUGCACGACGUCUUCUUUCCUCUUUCUCUACAAAACAACUUGAUCAACUGUGCAUUUGAUUCGUUUUAUUUUGUCGUGCUGGUUUUUUUCUUUUUGGAUUUGUCUCCUAAUUGCAGGUCGUCGGUUGCUUAUGUUUAUAUUUGUAGAUUUUGUAGAUAAUUGUAAUAAAUGUGCACUUCA